AUGUCCACCUACGGAAACUCUCGUCCAGCGCUUGGCGAAAACAGCAGCUACUACGCCGCCGAAUACCAGCCAGAGCAAAGAGCCGGCCAAAGCUCUCAAUAUUUGCCCCCAUAUGAGCAUUACAACCAGGUUGCAACAGAAGCCGCAUGGCUUUACAGGGACUACAAGAAGAGCAGGGAUAACAAGCGCAACGACAAGUACCAACACAAUAUGCCGGGCCAUAAAAGCCAGCAUCGCAGGAACAACAGCAACUCAGCUCCAGGGAUUCGGUCAUAUGAGGAUACAUAUGGCCACCAUGGAAAAUAUUAAAUAUUUUAUAUGGCUUUUUAAUUGACCUCUUUUUCUUAUUUGUCAGAAUUAAUUUGGAAAAAUCAUU